GCCAGAUUUCAUUGUCUAAAAACUCCGAGUAUUCAAUUAAAUGUUAGCGACGAAUACCCCAAGUUUGCUUCACACACUCUUUACCAGGCUCCAAUCCAUUCUCAAGAUAUAAAGUUACAACCCUCAUGGCUCUCGAUCUCAGCCAGGCAGGUGUCAUGACACCAUUCUGGCCUGGCACGAACCUAACAUCCGAGCAUGAUAAUCAAUGCUAUGGAAAUGUAACCUUGUGUUUGAAUAACGAUAUUCUCUGCACUCUAUCGACCUGCGAUCUCACUCUGGCACACUUUACAUAUAUCCCGAAUUUGGGUGGGAAUGCUUUCCUAGCCGCGCUAUUCGGCGUGUGUGCUCUGGUGCAGCUCGGUCUUGGUGUCCGUUACAAGACCUGGGGUUUUCUUAUAGCUGCUAUUUGCGGUUUGGCCCUGGAGGUAAUUGGAUAUGCAGGCAGGAUUAUGAUUCACCAGAAUCCGUUCGACAAGAACAAUUUCUUGAUUUAUCUUGUGUGUCUGACGAUCGCACCGGCUUUUCUUUCUGCUUGUAUCUAUCUUUGCCUGGCCCGCAUCGUUGUGGUCUAUGGUGAGGAUAUUAGUCGCUUUAGGCCUCGGUUCUACACCAUUGUCUUUUGCACUUGCGACUUUAUUUCUCUCCUUCUGCAGGCCAUUGGCGGUGCGAUCGCAUCUAUCGCUAACGACUACGCAACCUCUCAGAUGGGUAUCCAUAUUAUGAUUGCCGGUCUCUCGUUCCAGGUCUUUUCUCUCGUGCUUUUCAUUGUCCUUUGCGGCGACUUUGCAAUGCGUGUUUGGCACAGCCCUUUUCACUGGGAUAUGACCCACAAAGAGCUUUUCGAAAGCGCCGUCUUCAAAUACUUCCUCGGUGGCCUGGCCCUCAGUACUUUGACGAUAACGAUACGAUCCUGCUUUCGUGUGGCUGAACUGUCUGGCGGUUUCCACGGGUCUCUGGCCAAUAACCAGUCUACCUUCAUGGCCCUCGAGGGUGCCAUGAUCGGGAUAGCAUCAGUGUGCUUUACGUCUCUCCAUCCUGGCAUCGGCUUCCGAGGAACUUGGGCCGAUGCGAACUUCAGUUUCUUUCGCGCGAAGAAACGAAUUGUCGAUGCAGAAACAGAAACGGAAUUGGAAACGAAGGUACCCUCAUCAUCAACAUCGGAGGCUUUUCAGAACCCAAAUGAUUUGGAGAUACCAGGUAGACAGUCGACACCAUGA